GAGACAGGCCCCGGAGAGAGCAGCGGAUUUGGCAUCGUUGCGCUGGUUUGCGGUGACAGCAACCAACCAAACGAGCUUCUUCCUUGCUGCUUGUUGCAUUGAGUCAACUUGGCGCUUCUGCUCUUGCCGCCUCUGGCGCUCCACGCGACGCAAUUCCUCGUCCGACUUCCCCCUCCGCGACAAGUUCGAUCUUCAACCUGGCUCUUGACGUAGGCGCGCCGGGAGCCGUGGCUUCCCCAAUGGCUCAGCCAAAUGCCGAGCCCGUGGAGGACUACGAUUAUGAAUCGCUCCCACCCAACUUCUCGUUGCUGCAGAACAUGGCUGCCGGCGCUCUGGCCGGCAUUGCCGAGCACUGCGCAAUGUAUCCCAUCGAUGCGAUCAAGACACGAAUGCAGAUAGUCAAUCCCUCCUCUACGACCGUCGGGAGCGGAGUACUCCAGGCCACAUACCGGAUGGCUAGCACGGAGGGCAUUCUAAGCUUAUGGCGUGGCAUGUCAAGCGUGAUAGUUGGGGCGGGCCCUGCGCACGCGGUCUACUUCGCAACUUAUGAGGCGGUCAAGCACGUCAUGGGCGGGAACCGAGCUGGUGCCCAUCAUCCACUGGCUGCCGCAACCAGUGGAGCAUGCGCGACAAUUGCCAGCGAUGCGCUGAUGAAUCCCUUCGACGUCAUCAAGCAAAGAAUGCAGAUCCAAAAUUCGGCGAAAAUGUACCGCUCCAUGUUCGACUGCGCCAAGUACGUCUACAGGAAAGAAGGGAUCGCGGCGUUCUACGUCUCCUACCCGACCACACUUUCCAUGACGGUUCCCUUCACGGCGCUGCAGUUUCUCGCCUACGAGUCCAUCUCGACCGCGAUGAAUCCGACCAAGAAAUACGAUCCCCUGACGCACUGCUUGGCCGGUGCGGUUGCGGGUGGUUUUGCCGCCGGGCUCACAACCCCAAUGGACGUGAUCAAGACGAUGCUUCAGACACGUGGUAAUGCGGCCGAUGCCGAGCUGAGGACAGUGAAUGGGUUCAUGGCCGGCUGCCGGUUAUUGUACCAGAGGGAAGGCGCCCGCGGCUUCUUCAAGGGCGUGCGGCCGAGAGUGUUGACGACAAUGCCAAGUACCGCCAUCUGCUGGUCGGCUUACGAGGCAUCAAAGGCCUACUUCAUCCACCAGAACAACUUAUCAUGACGGACUCCGGAAAUACGAAGCCGUGUUACCACUGAAAUGAUUUCACAAUCAGGAUAGGUUGGGUCCAUCUACAAAGGGGAUACACCAUAGAGUUCUACUCGCCUCAACGGAGAACCGAAGGUCCCGCGACCGGGUUUCUGACCCUUCCGCGCCUGACCGGCCGGCCGGUAAUGUCCGGAUAAAAACGGAGCGGAGCGGUGUGCUGUUGAUGGUGUGCCACAGCACAACAUCGUGUACAUAAUCUCAUGUCGUCUCGCGCCCCUGGGUUUACAAAUUUGAGCAGGGCGUUGCGCCGACAAAAUACGGUGCCAAUGGGGACAUGCGUUGGUGACCUGCCUGCCUGCAGCGAAAUCAUCCCCGAUCUGGCGAACCUGCUUUAGGUGUUCUCUACCUGCCUGCAUUUUGUUUUCCUCCAAACCGUCUUUUCCUUGUACCUCCGCGCGGAAACGGGACAGCUCUCACUGUCUCUCAAAUUCCUUCUGGGCGGACAAGAGACGUCAGCAUCAGCAAUCUGCAUGUUCCGUUCGUCAUCCGCUUAUGCCGACAAGAGCUUGGCUGGGGGCGGUCGGAGGCAGCUCGGAUCCGAGCGACGCUGAGCUGGGCUGAGCUGGGAGAGAAGCCAACAUGUUCAAUUCUUCUCCCCGCGGUUACAUCGGGUGGACCAAGGGGAGGAUGUUGGUCCGCUCUCGGGCGAGGCGACGCAGUCCCAAGGUCACCCUUGACAAGCUUUCCGUCGCUUCUCCUUUAGCUGAGCGGUUGUCCGCGAUGGGCACCUUUCCCCUACGCCGAGCUGGUCCAAAUUGGUCUUCAUUGCUCAGGUUGCAUACACUUCCUGUAUGUAGGCUAGGCUGAACACAGGCUAAUCCAAAGAGUGUCACUC